GUCAUCUGCAUAUUUAUUUAAAUCAAAGUUGUUUAUAUCGUGGACAUAAAAGGUUACGCUAACGAUGUCAGCCAGGUUGCGUAAUCUAAAUCCGUAUGAGUUACAUAAGCAUUUAGUUAAUAUAUACUGUUUGAAUAAAAAAGGCUCCACUGCCAAUCUUAAACGGGACACCUCCAGAGAUCGCACAGACCUCGACGUCAUUAGAGAAAACCACAAAUUUCUCUGGGAAGAUGACGAUGUCGCCGACACCUGGGAGAAACAAUUAGCUAAAAAGUAUUAUGAUAAGCUCUUCAAAGAGUAUUGUAUCUGUGAUUUAAGCAGAUAUAAAGAAAAUAAAGUAAGUUUGGAGUUUAUUUUUAUAUAGAAAAUACAAAUAGAUUGAAAUGAUUAAUGCUAUUAAUUAAACAAAACAAUAAUAGUAAAAUUACCAAUCAUGUGUAGAUUGUUAAAGAGUUUAAUCAUAGCUUUUCAUAAUAUUAUAAUACGAGGAGCAGAGAUAUUACUAACGGUCAAUACUCUAUACAUAAUAUAAUAUGCCAUACUACUGAUACUAUUUGCAUUUGAGAAUUUAUAUGCGACAUUGAAGAUAAAAUUAUGUACGUCGAUCUCCCCUAACUAUUAAAGGUUGAGCCGGGGCUGGUGAAAUUCAAUUAUUUUUUUGCCCGAGAGACCUUCCUUUGUGUGAUAUACUAGGGUGCGCAACAAUAACCGUAGUGCCUUUUUGUAGGCUAAAUAUAGCCCCUGUACAUUCACCCGCGUUGUUAUAUUAAAGUAACAAGAGCACAUCUGCCUCCUCUUUUAAUGUCACGGUUGGAAGUGACGAAAAACUGAAUUGUUAGCGAUUGGUGUAAAUAUAUAUUAUGCAUAUAUGUAGGUACUUAAUUAAAUUUGAUUAUUAGGUGAAAAAGAUCGAAAGUAAAUAUUUAAGUAAAAAUCUGCACACUUAUGCUCUUCUUAUGAUUGAGCAUUUUUACUUUCUCAGACAAAAAGGUUUCAUUGCUGGUAAACAAAGCUUUAAAAACUAAACUUUAAUUGCAUUUAACAAUUUCAUGAAAGCCGACUCUGUUCGGAAUUGGCUUGCGCUGCCACGGUUAGGCUAGCUAGGUCAUAAUUAUGCGUUACAUUAGUAUAAGGAAUCUUUUUCUUUAAUAAAAAUACGAUGUGGGUAAAGUCCACAGUCCACACGAGAAUCAUUUACCUACUUUUUUAGGCUAAGAAUAUUAUCGUAAAAUUCAGAAACAAAUAAUUAUGGUUAAAUAGUGUUCCGAAGUAAUAAAUUAUAUAAGAUAUCAUCUAAGAUGGACCGUAAAUGUUAUCCAAGAUUUCUGAAUGGCUCUUCGGCAUGGUCAGAAUAAUAUGGGUCUUUUCCUAUGAAAUUGCCGUUCUGCAGUAGAUACUGGCCAUUUCAAAACAAAAUAAUUGUUGUUAGGCUAAGAAUUCUAAUUUCAAAUUAAGUUUUCAAAAUUAGUCAUUUGUUUAUUGAUUAGCGUUAUGGAUACGUUAAAAAUUCGAGUAAUUAUGAAAUAUGAGUACCGUCGUAGCAGCCACGCGGCACAAGCGCCACGCAACAUCAACGACGUUUACGGAGCGAAUACUACAAACGAAGCACCACCUUCCCCGCUUUCGUUCUGGAAUUUUCAACCUGAAAAAUGACCCAGUGGUCGUCCGAAAACUUUGGUCGACAAUUACGAAUUAAAGACUGUUGUGGAAGCUGAUGAUACUCAAUCUACGGUUGAACUAGCAGCAGCUUUCGACAUUAACACUAAAACAAUAUUGGUCUAUUUUCGUUAAAUUGGCAAUGUUUGACAAAUGGGUGCUCCACGAACUCAAUGGUCGCCAGCGCGAAGUAUACGCUUCGAAACGUGCCUUGCUCAACUAGCACAAAUUUACGAAGAAAUUUUAAACCGCAUUGUUACCUGCGACGAAAAAUGGAUUCUGUUUGACAAUCGCAAGCGCUCAGCAAGUUGGUUGGAUCCUGGUUCAGCACCUAAACAUUGUCGUAAACGAAAACUUACCCCCAGAAAAGUAAUGGUCACUGUUAGGUGUUCUAGCGCCGGUGUGAUUAAUUACAGCUUCUUACCAAACGGGAUGAGCAUUAAUUCAGAUGUGUAUUGUAACGGACUGAACACAAUGAUGGAGAAGCUCGUAUGUCUCCAACAAGCUGUGGUCAAUUGCUCGUCCCCGCUGCUCCUGCACGACAACGUGCGACCUCAUACUGUAAAACACACGGUCUACAAAUUACAAAAGCUGGGGUUGGGAGCUCUCGUUAAUCCCCCGUACUCACCAGACCGUGCUCCUACAGACACUUUCCAGAAUUUGGAUAACUUUUAGGCGGGAAAAAUUUAAUAUCGGAGAGGCAGUACAAAAUGCCUUUGAAGAAUUUGUUGUCUCCCGUGCAUCUGAUUUAUUCAAGAAGAGCAUAAAUACUCUGCCACUGCAUUGGCAAAGAUGCAUCGAUAGAUUGCAUGGGAGAUUACUUAGGUUAAUAGAUAU